CAGCACCAGAAAACGCGAGUUAGUGAGUUCCUGAGUUAAUGACUGGAAACAAGUCGGCGGCUGCUUUUGUAUUUCUCACGUACGGUGUCCCUAGUUUGUUUUAAACCCGGCUCGAAAACACACGAACGGUGACAGGGGCUCUACAACCAAAAGGAGAAUAUUAGCCCAGCCGUUGCAAAAUGGGAAAAUUCGCGGCUCCGCAGAGUGAUUGGAAAGUCUAGUUUAGCUAUCUGAUAACAUGGAGGAGUGCCUGGACGAUUACUCAAUGUGACAGCACCAUGGAUCAACUUUUUGAGAGUGAGGCUCGAGUAAGUGCCGCGUGGCGAUCCACUUUGAUGGCGUUACAAUUGUUCAUUUUCAUCCUGGACAUGGUAUCGGACGUGGCCGUGUCCAUCGAGCUUUUCAAGAGGGUGCCGUGGGCCGGAGGAGUAUGCCUGUCGUUCGUAUUUGUGCCGAUUGUUGCGUAUGGAGUUCACGAAACUGUGAAAUUGUUCACUUCCGAGGAGGAAAAGACAUGGCAAAAGGUCGUGGGAAGAGUGCUGGACAUUUUAUUCUGUCCAAUGUUUGCGUUUAUAAGGUAUUUGGAAAAGCUUUUUUGGCUAAUUGAAGCGAGCAUCUCAAAGAGCAAAGAGCAGCGAGAGUUGGCGGAGCGAAGGGCAGAGGAGCCGAGACGCAUUGAAUGGUACAUAGCGUGGAGAGCGCUUUUUCAAGCGGCGCCUCAGUCUCUCCUGCAAAUGAUGCAGCUCCUUCUCAUUGCGGACGUCAAUCUCGGCGUGCUCCAGGUGGUUUGCGCAUUUACUUCAAUUUUGUCUGUGACGAUUUUCGCGAGCAAGUUCUCCCGGUUCGAGUCGCAAGACGCAAACGUCGCCCCCUGGCCGCACCAAAAACUGAUCUCGGACAAGCAUUCUAAUUCACAAAGUCGACCUCUUCUGAAGUCAUCGCCGCAAGAACAAAGGACAAAGAAGACGAGUGACGUGCCAGACUCGGCAAGGGCUUUGAAAUUCCCGCCCUUGACUAUUGUCCUGCCUGCCGGAAACACAGACAGCGGCAUCGAAGCUGACGUUCCUCAGUCGCCUCCUCCGCCCCCGCUGCCUCCAAGGGCGUCCAGCCUACUGGCACCUAACAGGCCCCCGUCUCGUGUGCUCCACUCGAAUGAAAUGGAUUCGAUUUUGAGCGAGAACGAUUAUAAGAAAAUGCCCUUUUUGCGAUAUUCUUAUGUUGAAAGAAGUGAGCGAAUGGCGGCAAGUAUGGACGCGGCCAACAGAAGGUCCUCUUAUCACUAUUUGCAAGCGAUCGAAAGUGACGGAAGCAACAGAACUUCGAUUGUUGCGGCUUCAAGCAUCAUCACACCACCUGACUUUCCUGCCCCUGCUCCUCCUGAAUUUACUUCUCUUAAACCCCCGCCUGGCAAGUUCGACACCGUAGGGAGAUCAGCUCUGCAGCUCCCAACUCGAAAAAAGGGUCGGAAAUAUUUGGAAAGCGACUCGACGGCUGGCAUAGGAAUUCUCCAUCUGCACUGGUUCCUCUUUUUCAUUUCACGCACCAUCGCCCUCGGCGGGCUAUUGACCAUCGUUCCAUACAUGUUAGUGGCCGCUCUCGUGGCCUUAGGUGCGGUAGUUGGCCACGUGGCCGCCAUGGCCGCCGUCAUUACAGUCAACAGCGAUAGGUCAACUGUGAAAAUAUGGCGCAGCAUUUUAAUUGCUGCUUCAUCGCUGUAUUGUUUAGUCGAGUUCGGAGUCAAGUUUGAGAAAAUCACGCGCAUCAUGGUAAUUUAUUGGCCGCUCAUUUUCGUCGAGAACUUCGCGGCCGGCUUUUUCGUUUAUAGACCAGACGCCACAUCAGUUACUGAAAACUGGUGGUCGAUUUAUUUCUUUUACACAAUGAUUGUGACCUAUGUUCUCGCCGUGGCUUGUCUCAUGUUUUACAAGUUGGUGCUUCAUCCCAGAAGAUAUGUGAUUUAUUACGAGUGAGUUUAUUAUAAGUGUUAUGAAUAUUCAAUAAUGCCUGCUGCAAUCAAAUAAAAUUAAUUUUAUGUGA